AUUUUCUCCAUAACAACCCCUUUGUCACAUUUCAAACUCAUUCAGUCAAAACUGAUCAAAACUAAGCAGUUCCUUCCAUAAUGUCUGAUGAAGAACUUGAAGGGGAUGUUGGGAGUCUUGAAAUUAAAGGAAUUAUUGGAUUUGAUGGAACUACAAUUAAGGGAUUUAUUAUCCAUCCUGAUGAAAAACAUGUCGUGUAUCCUUUGGGAAAUAAAGUCACCAUUCAGGAUUGGACCACUAAAGCCCAAGUUUUUCUCAGUGGUCAUACUAACACUAUUUCUGCCAUCGAUGUUUCCAGAUCCGGAAAAUAUAUUGCUAGCGGUCAAAUUAACCACAUUGGAUUCAAAGCCCGCGUCAUAAUUUGGGACUUCGAAAGCCACACCAUCAUCUCCCAGCACGAACUCCACAAAGUGCGCGUGGAAGCCGUUGCGUUCUCCAACAACGACAACUACCUCUUUUCGAUCGGCGGCCGCGACUGUGGCUCUUUGGUGGUAUGGGACGUGACCCAAGGUCAGGUGAUAUGCGGUUCCGCGGUCGCACACGGAAUCCAAGGAGAGGCCACGGCGAUCCUUAGCAUGAACAGGCGGGGGCCGUGUUUUAUGACAGCUGGAGACAAUCACUUGGCCGUCUGGACGGUGGACAAGGAAGCCAGGAAGGUCCACUCGCUGGACGUCAGCACCGGCAAAAUCAAAAGGGCCAUCCUCUGCAUGGACGUCAACGAGCGUGACGAGGUGUGCUACUGCGGCACCGCCACCGGAGACGUGCUCAAGAUCAGGCUGAAUUACCACCACGACCCCGACAUCCUCAUCCCAGCCAAGCACCCCAUGACGGUGGGCUGCUUCACGAGGAUCAGCAAGAAGAAGUUGCCGGCGGGAAAGGUGGAUUUGUACAGUUUGGGGAUUAAGUCGAUAAGGAGGCUGUUUGCGGGGCCGCUGCUGAUUGGGGCUGGUGAUGGGACAAUCGAGCUGGUGGAGGAGACCAAGUGUAAAGGGGGUGGGGAUAAGGAUUCAAGGGUGAAGGUGCCGUCUGUGCCGACUUUGCGUUGUUUGAAAAGUACCCACGUUUAUUCAGCUGUUACGUCUUUGCAGCUUAUGAAAAAAGAUACAGUUAUACUGGCAGGAACUAUCAAUUGUGAGAUUUACCAAAUUGAUAUGGCGACUUUUGAUACAGUGUUGUUUGUUACUUGCCAUACAUCGACUAUCUAUGAUGUUGCCUUUCCUUACAACUUUUCUGAUGUAUUUGCCACAGCUAGUAAAAACGACGUCCGUGUUUGGUCGAUCAAAACUCACCAAGAACUCCUUCGCAUCCAAGUACCAAAUUUUAGUGCCUCUAGCGUCUUAUUCUCACACGAUGGUAAAUCGAUCUUGACGGCUUGGAAUGAUGGAAUAAUCCGAUCUUUCACUCCUCUAACCGGAAGACUGAUUUACGCCAUUCUGAACGCCCACAAUAAAGGGGUUUCAGCUUUGGCAAUCACACAUGAAGGCGAUGUUUUAGUUAGCGGAGGUUGCGAAGGACAAGUCAGAAUGUGGUCAGUUACGCCUUAUCGCCAACAGUUGAUUUGUACUUUGAAAGAACACAAAGCUCCAGUUUCUGCCGUCGAUAUUAACAAAGCUGGUACCGAAGCAGUCAGUGCCAGUACUGAUGGUACUUGUAUUAUUUGGGAUUUGGUACGCCAAUGUCGUCGGCAUAUUAUGUUUGGAACCACGUUGUUUAUGUGCGCUCGGUACUAUCCCACGGAUGUGCAAGUUUUGACGGGUGGUUCCGACCGGAAACUCUCAUACUGGGAGGUGCUUGAUGGUACUCUUGUGCGCGAAGUGGAGGGUUCCGAGUCUGGUGCCAUCAACGCCCUGGACAUAUCACUAGAUGGCAACAUUUUUGUGACUGGAGGAAACGACCAAAUCGUCAAACUUUGGAAUUACCAACUUGGUAUUGCUACUCAUAUUGGAAUUGGCCAUUCUGCUGUCAUUACAGCAGCUCGGUUCAGUCCAGACCAGAAAUAUAUUGUGACGACCAGUGGUUCUGGCAGUAUCUUUAUAUGGAAGUGCCCACAAGAUUUGAUUCAACCUUCCAAAGUCAAAAUUGCAGAAGAAGCCGAACCACCGAAAGAACAAAAGAGUGAAACGAAAGAUGAAGUCAUACAAGAUCUACCAACAGCAAGAAGUGAUCAUAGUAAGGAAGGUGAUCAAAAGUGUGUUUGUCGAUGUCCUUGCGUGAAGAAGCCUGUUUGUGAGGAAAAUGGCGGAAUGGGAGAUGGGAUCAAGAGUCCUGAAGCUAAAGCAAGUCCUAAGAAUGACACAAGUGAUAAGAAGAAUGGAUCAGUGAACGCAAGUCCCAAAAGUGUCUCCUCCAGUGGAAAAAAGAAUGGAUCAGUUACAGGCUCAGGGAGGAAGAACUGAAAUAUUUUUUGUUACUGGACCUAUUGUUUAUUUUUGUAUUUUAAUAUAGUUUUUUUCCAAAAUA